AUGGCGUCCUGGAUUGCAAAACCGUGGAUUGAACAGGCUUUGAUGAGCGAGACCGGAAAGAACCUUCCGAAAAUUGCUAGAGCUCAGAUACUUAAGGUAGGCAAAACAUUUUUAUGAACAGUUGGUUCAAAUGUUUCACAAAUGUCCAUCGAUCAGGAAACAACAAAUAGCGCCAAAUUCAAGAAUUAAUGAUCAUGACAAGGAUCGCAAGUAUAUAAUGCGUCGCUUGCAAGUAUAUGAUGCGUCGGGUGCCCUGGAUAUCCAGGGGCCUCCACUUUCGGCAAAGCCAGCUCAUGGCUGGUAAACCUGCGCCUUCGAGCAAUGAGCCCCCACGCCAACGGAAACAGGCACCAGUCACAGUGAUUUAUCAGUGGAAAAAGUAAAGGGGGAGGUGGGGAGGGAUGGGGGUAAUAGAAUGAUCCAAAGGCUAAACGAAGAGAGCGGUCACCAGGAAAUGCUGUAACAAGCACAUGGAGAUGAUGUAAGCAAGGCUGAGCGCAACCACCGCACUGACCGCUGACAGACGCCUAGACUCCUCUUAACUGUGUUAAAUUUCAUUUAACUAAAUGUACAUUUAACCUGAUGCCUAUUAUUCAGUUAAGUUUGUAAGUUCAGUGUUUUUGAUCAUUUACUUUUGAUGUUUGCUUCUGUAGUUGCCACACGAAAAUCCAGGGCCAUAUCUCCCCAAGGUUUUAUUCUUUUUCCUCUUAGAUGGUCAAAAUUAAAUUGGGCUAUUUAAUUUGAUAUCGAUAUCCCUAUCCACAUCCCUACCCCCCCUGUUGAGGAUUUUGCCUUUUCUUGUUACCCCUGAAGAUUAAAUAAAAUUGCAUGCACCCAUGAAGAAUUCCUUGAAAUACGAAGAAUUGAAGAACAUGGGUCUACCCCUAAAAAAUGCCUUGGAAAUUAAAGCUUUACCCCCAAAGAAUUCCAUAUUUUGAUUGUUGCAUUACCCCGAAAGAAAUCUUCAAUUUUGUAUUAUUUACCCUGAAUAAUUCAAAUGGUCCAGUAACCAUGUGUAUCAGGCCUUCCUAAGGGGUUAAAGGAUAGGAGAGUUUUGAUGGGGGUGGGAGAGGGGUUAGGAGUAUCAGUCCUUUGUAAGGGGCAAUACUCAGGCUAAUAGUCCAGUCGACCAGGGGGCAGAUACUGUAACUUCCGAAAAUAAGCCCUGGGGCUUAUGUUUUUCAAAGGCCAUUUUUGAGGGGCUUAUGUUCGGAGGGGCUUAUGUACGGAGGGAAAUUUGCAUUUAAAAAUCGAUUGGGCUAGCCUUCUUCUUGGAAGGAAAUUUACCGUUUUCUUUGUUUUACUUCGUAUUUGACGGAAAUUUCCAAGUACAAUACCCCACGGGGCUUAUAUUUGGAGGGGCGAUUUAACGGAGGGUUUUUUGCGUUACAAGUUAUAUUUGGAGGGGCUUAUUUUCUGAAUUUUACGGUAUUCAAUUACAACUGUAAGAUGCAAUAGCCCAAUCAGGUUUAACAUUUAAAACCAAAGUUGUUUCUUAACUGUUGUUUCCUUUUUCAUAUACUAUCUAUGAAUAUUUAGGAAGGGAGACAAAGGAAAUUGAAACUCAACCGAAAAAUUUUAACCUGUUUAUAUUUUGACAUGCACAUUGUGAUUGUACAUGUUUGGUUUUCUUUUGCUUUUCAGUUUGACGAAACAUCUCACUACACCAUUGCCUUUAUCAGUGAUAAGGAAUUUUUUGUAAAAGCUGUUUUCUCCCAAGCUGCUGUUGACCAGUUCAAACGGUAACUUUGGAAUAAUUAGGAAUAAUUGUUUUAGUAAAAUCCAACUAGCUGGUCAAAAAUAUCGAGAAUAAAAAAACUUUAGCUAGUUAAAGCUAGACUUUAAUCCUUUUUUGCCGCCAAAAAGCCCGCGCUUUUCGCUACUAGUGGGCUAUAACAUAUAGCCUAGUAGUAGCUCAACCAAUCAGAAUGCAGCAUUAAUAAUAGACCACUAGCUGGAUUUUACUAAUAAUUUAUAUGUGCUGUAUCAUAAAACAUGUUGACUAAAUUCACAUGUACAGCUGUCAAGCCCUGCUUUACGGACACCUGCUUGAUAGGGACACCUCAUUAUUACUGGCAAUUUGCUUUGUCCCUGGGGAAAGAAAGCCUUUACAUAUUCUCUAAGUUCAAGCUGCUUAAUACAGACACCCUAUUAAUAUGGUUCCCUCAGUGUGCUUAUUAACAAGGUUUGAUCAUAUUGAUAAAUGAUCAAAAUCAUCUAAAGCACUACUUUAGUCAUUUCUUAUAAACCUUAGUAAGAGCUGUGGUUGAGAAUGUCUGGUGCAAUUAGUUAGCUUUUAGGUGUUGUCAGUCAUCAUGAAAAUGACUAUCCAAUAAUUAUAAUUUAAAUAAUAAAUAGUCUACUGCAAACCUUGGAUAACCGUCCUUGCAAUUUUAAUGGAAACAAAUGCAUUACGUGGUACCAAAUUCAAGGACUGAUCUAAUAAUAUUUUUGAUGAGGAUAUUUUUCUCUUUACCAUAAAAAAUUCUCUCUUACUGAUUACACAGUGGUAAUUAACAUUAUGUUAUAAUAUUAUUUCCAACUACAGGUAGUGUACUAAUGUCGUAUGCUAAACUAACCACAUUGAAAAGACAAGUGAAAGUAAAGAGUGAGGACAGGUUUACGUUUUGACAGUAUAAUGUACAUGUACAUCUGUACAUGUAUGUUUUUCCUCUUUCAGAGAUAACCCAACCCUUUCAAUGGCAGACAUUCAAGGUGGCCUGAUCUUUAUUAAGAAGUAUUCCCUUGAAGCCACAUGUACAACUGAAAAAGAUUUGGUAAAAGUGAAUUUAUUGUUAUAAUUGCUUUUAUUAUCAAUAGUUUUCAAUGUUCUUAUCGCAAUACUAUAUAGUUACCUAGCCACGAAUGGGACUGCACCUCAUGAUAAGCGCUCCACAUUUUCAAUAAGCUCUUAUUUUUGCUUCCUUCUCCUUAAAUUUUCAGUAGACUCUUCCUAUUUCAAAUAAAACUUGCAGAAUUUACUUUGUAACAACUGACACAUCUUGUACUUAGAAUAAUGCCUCAUUCGCAAAGUUCUAAACACGUUUAAUUAACCAGGUUUUAAAAAAUGACAAACAGAUGGAAUCUGGAACACAGGUUUUCACACAGGAUUCAAAUGAAAUUCAACAUUUUUUGUAAUUUGCGAACAACUUAAGUCCGUAAGCAGCUUAGGACACAAUUAUUAUUUUAAACUGUGUUUAACUAAACAGCCUUUAAAAACAUGUUUAAGUUUUGGUCUGAAGGAGCCUUAAGUUUAAAUUACCCUCAUAUGUAAACAACACACAACAAAGUAAGCAACACAGCUGCAAGCCUAUAACAACCUAUACCGGUGGGCCUUCAUGUUAAUAAUACAUCCAUUGCACUAAUCGCUACAAUGUACUUCGACCUUUUUCAGAGCACUGCUGAGUUUGUGAUAAAGAUAGAUCUGUUCAAGUUUGCUGGUGGUGAAGGAAACACUCAGUUUGGAAGUGAUGUCAUUGACAGCUCAAAAUAUCCCCCACUACAACCUAGAUUGCAUGAACUAUGUACAUUAUCACAGUUCAAGACUCUGCUCUAUGAUAAAAGCUUUGAUACCAGAGAGGCAGAAGGUGGCAACAAGCUUUCUAGCAUCAAAGAACUUGAGAGAAUCUUGUUAGAAAACCAUGAACCUGUUUUUAUACCUGAAGACAUGGAAAAGAAACUGGCUACAAUUCCAGGUAAAUUAUUUCCUUAUGAACAAAAAUUUGGCAUCCAAUAGACUGGGUUAUCCUUCUUUAACUGAGCAUUUGAAGCAAAAAAAAAGUUACUGGUAGUUCAGGCAGGACAUGCUAUGGCGGGACUAAAUGCAAACCUGCUUGCCUCUAACAUUUUUUACGUUAUGUGUUAACCAGACUAGACAAGAAAUAAUAAUACAAUAAAAAUAAUAUUAUUAUUUGUAGUAAUAACAAUGUAUGCAUCAAACACCUUGAAUUUUAGAUCUUUAAGUCUGGGUGCAAUUCUGGCAGUAAUUUUGAUGUGGCUAAAUCAUGUAAUUUAGGCAAGGUUAAACACGAGACAAUGCUGGCUAGCAGUCUCCACCACUAAUCGUAUGUGGGGCGGUCUUUGGGUUUAGCAGGAUAUUGUUCACUAGAGGUCGUGCCCUAAAUAUUUAAUUCUAUUUCCCAUUAAAUCAAAAAAUUAUCAACCUCUAGUCCUGUAAGGCCUCAAAUGUACCUUUAGUUUAGUUCCAAUAUUGAUCAAUGAAGUCCUAUAGUAAUCUAGUUGCUUUAUCAUCUUUGAUUUUAGUUUUUUUUGUAUUAGUAUAUACACACUCAGUGAUCUUGGUGAUUUUUAAAUCAAAAAGCAAUCUGAUUGGUUCGCUAUCUCGAACUAUUCAACGAUGUUCACCUCCUAGCGAGUGGAUAAUGUGUGAGCUCGGUGUUUUUCCCAUUUUUUUUAGAGGACGAUCUUUUAAAAGUAGACAAAAUCCUAGGGUUGCCUUUUUUAAAGCAAGGGAAGACUUGAAAGGAUUCAAAAUGGUGUUUUUCCAUUUACUGUAGCUGAAUUAUGUGCUCAAUGGAUUGUUUACAACUCCCAUUCAUUCAAGUAGAAGAAGCCGUUUCGAGAACUCAGCGUUUCCUAACAAGAAAAUUUGGCCGAAAAAUCGAAAUUUAUUUAUGACAAACCAAUUUGAAAGCAAAUGUUUGCAGAAAUUCUACGUUUUAAGUAAAUAGCAAAAAGAAUGCUAAAGGAAGACAAUGUCUUACCUCGAGCAACUGAGCCGCCAUUUUUGUCAGCACUUCAUGCAAAGAAUGACACUACAAACCCUUUUGGCUAUAAACUUGGUGAGUCAACAGAAAACAACAAAGCUCUUCUUUUCUUCUCGGGUAAGGAAACAAGUCAAACUUUUAACGGUUCCAUUUAAGCCAUUAUGCUGUUGUUUGCGGAGUGAUAAACUUGUGAAAUGCCAUGUUUGAAAAUUCUGCAAAGAUCUAUUUUUAAACUUCCAGGUGAUUUGGUCCGUCAAUCAAAUCGUACUUUUUAAUGGUUUCCUCUCUGAUUUUGUUGAGAUCACUUUGUGUGUAUAUACUAAAACAAUUAUUCUUUUCAAUCUUGGUAAAUAUUCAGCCAAUAUUCACCUCAAUUUCAAAGAAAAAUUGUUAAGCAUUGAAUCUCAUGGGGAUAGCAAGGGUGGCGCAGUGGUGAGAGCACUCGCCUCCCAUCAAUGUGGCCUUGGUUCCAAUCCUGGCGUGAAUGCCAUAUGUGGGUUGUGUUUGUUGUUAGUUCUUUCCCUUACUUCAAGGGGUUUUUCUCCGGGUACUCCGGUUUUCUCCUCUCCUCAAAAAACAACACUUCCCAAUUCCAACUCGAUCUGCAAUGCACAGACACGUUUCAACAAGUUCUUAAACACUCAAAAGUGCUCUGUGGGUAAACAAAUUACAAUUUUUUUUCUUACAUCAUACAGGUAACAGACUGACUUUUGUUAAUAAUAUAUAUUGCAACUUUACCACACUCUGUUUUUAACCUCUUUUAGAAUGGCAACCAAGUUAUCAUCCACCACUUUCUUGCAAUAUGCAAAGUGAAAUGACAUCAUUUGGUGACACACCAUCAAGUGGCAGAGGACAAGCUCAAAUUUCUGCUUCAUCCAUGGCUAUAGAUUGUGGACAGUCACUACAAGUUCAGGAAAAAAUGAUCAUUCCAAGGUCCUUGUCUUCAACUGAGAAUAGGAACUUUUCGCAAUCCCAAACUACAUCCAAAGAUAAGGGUUUCCGCAUUGAAAAAAAUGUUGAAGAAACAAUUGGCGGUAAAUCACAGGAGACGUCUGAUUGGACGAGAGUUGCAUGCAGCUUACAAAAAAGUUCAACAAGGAGACAAGAAAGUUCUUCACUGUUCAAGGAAAUUAAGGGUGCCCUUUCAAGUAUAUCUACACCAGAGAAACAAAACCAGAGAGAAGAGACUGUGUUCAGAUUUGAUGAUACUGCCACUUAUCUGAAGAGUUGUCGAAAAUCUGUUAUUUCUUGUACUUUUCCCACAAGAGGAGAACAAUCGGUGGCUAGUUCUUCUCAGAGGGUGCUAAAACCAACAACUAAAGAAACAGAUGUUAAAAGAUUAGAAACAUGGGAAUUUCUUGGUGAUGACAUUUCUAAUCAAGUCAAGGAGAAGGUUAGAAAUGGGAAUUGUCUUAAGAUGGCAGGUAAAAAUAUUCUAUCAUCCAAAGGAUACUUGCCUGUAAGUUAUGUGCCAAAAAGGUGCAACCAGGCUGGGAUGUUACAAGGACUAGGUCAAUAUCAUUUUCCAGAAUAUCACGUUAAAGGAAAAGGAAAUGACCUUGCUACAGAGCAAGAGGAAAUUGCUGGUGCCUUGAUAAGCAGUGAUGUUGUCUCUUCUUCCCAAAUGAGUGGAAAAGUGACUCCACCUUUAAGGGGUGUAGUAGCUGAAGAUCAGUAUUCAUCCUUAAGUGAACAGUCCAAACUAAAAGGAAGUAGUGAGGAAUCGUUCUCCAUUCUCAAAGAAAGGUCACUACCUUGUUCAGAAAAGAGGUCCCCAGAGAUUUUUGUUGUUCCAUCAAGUGAUAACAGUCAGGAGUAUGAACAAGCACUUCCGAGUAUUUUACCUGGACAUGCUGCUAAACAUUUGGGUUGUUCUUUAUCUAAAUCACAGCUAGAAAAAUUACUUGAAAGUAGCAUUUCCUAUGAUGUAGACAGUGCACCCCCUUGUGCUGGAAAUGAAACUAGAGAAAGUCAGGAGGAUUACAUUUACACUAGAAUUAAACAAGGGCCUUUGACACGGAAGGAAUCCACUUCUCAGCGUAAUCAACUUGGAAACACAAACGUGAAUCCUGAUUCAUCACAGUUGAAAAAUAGUACUGCUAGUGAGCCUUGCAUAGCAUCAAAAAAGAACUUGUCUCCAAUUAACAGCAUGGCAAAUAGUUCCCUGAAAGAAAAGUAUAAACACAAAGGCAAGGGUUUGGAAGUUAACACUGUACAAAGUAACAUUGAUCAGACUUUGAGUAAACCACUGACAAUGAAUUUCGAUGAACUGUUUAGCCAAAAUACCUGGCAUUUCUCUCAAAUAUCUGACAGACAGCUGUCUGUUAAUGAGGCUGAAACUGACAGUCAUCAAUCAAUGAAAAGAAAGAGAUCUGAGAUGGAAGAUCAUGUACAAUCCAUUCCCCCCUCAGCUGAAGGUAGACAGGGGAAUAAAGUCCUUUUGAGUGACAGUCCUGCUAGUCCAGGUUAG